AACCAACAUUGGUUAUACUUAGUAUUUACCAGACAGUUUGUUAAGUGUUGAGCGUUGUGAUCAAGACUUCGUUAAGACUUCGUUAAUAGCUUCUCCAUUGGCAUCAUGGGAAAAAGGAGGUCUGGAGUCUGGAGGCAUUUCGAGGAGGAAGGGGAGAGGAAAGUCGCAUGUAGAGUGUGUCGCACUCAACUGACAACUCAGGGAAAUACUUCUAUCAUGCUGCGACACCUCCGAAGAAAACAUCCAAAAAUGAUGGAUGGUCUCUUUGUUGCAAAAGGGUCUAUGACAAGCAGAGAAUCGUGUCAUGCUGAAGAGCUGCCUUUGGGGGCAGAAACUCAUUCAUGCCGUAAAUCAGGCAUCAUAGGAAAGAAGCGAUCUGGUGUGUGGAGGCAUUAUGAGGAGGAGGGGGAGAGGAAGGUGUCGUGCAGAUUGUGCCACACUCAGCUAACAAAGCAGGGAAAUACCUCUGCACUGUUGCGACACCUUCGGAGAAAACAUCCCGAGAAGAUGGAUGGCAUCUUUGAAACAGAAGAGCCCUUGGCAACCAGAGAAGAAGGAUCAUGGCAAGUUGAAGAACGUGAAAUGGAGCAAGGAACUCCAACUUUCUUUGUAUCAGAAAUGAGUGGAAUGGAUAGACACAAAGGUGUACGACAUUUCGAAAGUGGUGCUGCAAAGAGAAAGACAUCUAAAGAACGUGCUGAGAGAGAAGCUAAAGAAUUUACAAAAACAUGUCGACUGACUGAAUUCUUCACUCAUCCAUCAGCUUCAGAACAUCUAGUCAGUGCUUCUGCAAGCUCAUCUUCAAGGCAACCAGAACAAGUACCUGCAUGUGAUGCAUCAGCUUCCUCUUUAUAUGGCAGCUCUAGCCUAUCUACAGGGGGAAAUGACCAGACUGCCGAGGAGAUUGAAAUUGAAUCAAAGCACGUGCCUCCUGAAGUGCAAAUGGCAACUACACAAAAUUAUGACAUUGACAUUAGCUUAUGGUCAGAACAUUUGACAAAACAAUUUAUUGAUUAUUGGACUGUGAAUGGUUCUGAGAGCCUCCACCACAGUGAUGCUAAAUUUUUGGAUGCAAAAUCAGCAGUACAAAUUGAUGCAAACAAUGUCAGUCGCAAAUGCACACCAGCCAUGUUUGAGCGAAGGAAUCAAAAUGGGGAAGUUGUAAAGCGUUCUUGGCUUUGUUUCUCCCCCGCAAAUGGGCGGGUCUACUGCUUCUUUUGCAAGCUAAUGGGUGUUUCAAGAUCUCAAUUCACAUCUGAUGGGUUCUGCGACUGGAAGCAUGCUAAUAGGCUUGUUGUCCAUGAGCAAUCAAAGCACCACAUUCAAGCAGUUUUGUCAGCAGCAAGUCGUGCAAAGGGAGCUGGAGGUAUAGAUUCUAAACUAACUAUGCAUGUGGGUCAAAUUGAGCAGUAUUGGUGUAGUCUUCUAAAGCGAUUGAUCAGCGUGCUUAAAUUUAUAUGUGAAAGAGGGCUAGCUCUUCGUGGAGAUGAUGAAAUAAUUGCGUCUCCUCAUAAUGGAAAUUACUUGGGAUUACUAGAGCUUUUGGCCGAGUAUGAUGAUUUCCUCGGGCAACACAUCCAGAAUCAUGCUAAUCGUGGCACUGGUCAUACAAACUAUUUGUCUUCAACCAUCUGUGAAGAAAUUGUGAGACUAAUGGGCAAUGAAGUACUGAACGAAAUUAUCUCACGUAUAAAGCUCUCAAAAUAUUACUCAAUUUCUCUAGAUUCCACCCCUGAUGAAGGCCAUAUUGAUGAACUAACUCUGAUAAUCAGGUACAUGGAGCAUGACACACCUGUUGAGAGAUUUGUGAAAUUCUUGCCAAAUCAAGGACACAAGGCUCAAGAAAUGUUUGAAGGUUUGAUGAAGUUUCUUGCAGACAAUGACAUUGACAUUCAAAAUUGUCGUGGGCAAUCUUAUGAUAAUGCAACAUCUAUGAGUGGGAGGUACAAUGGUCUGCAAGCCAAAGUUGUAGCUGAAAAUCAUCAUGCUAUUUGGAUACCCUGUGCUGGUCAUUCAUUAAACUUGGUUGGAAAAACUGCAGCUGAAUGUUGUCAAGAAGCUAUCUCAUUUUUUUUUUUUCUUGAGGCAAUUUAUGUGUUCUUCACAGCUUCUACACAUCGUUAUGCAAUUCUUAGUGAUUCAUUGAAAACUGUAGCAUCUGGCCCGGUAUCUGUGCCAAAGAGGAUUUCCACAACAAGAUGGUCCUGUCGAGCAGUUGCAGUGAAAGCAGUUGUCCAAGGUUAUCUCCCAAUCCGUGAAACACUUGCUAAAAUAGCUAGAGAUGAAAAUGAGACGAACAAAACAUGUUAUGAAGCCAAUGGUCUCCAUGAUAAGAUGUGUAGGUUAGAGACUGCUAUUUAUGCUGUGUUUUGGCAUGACAUUCUUGGCAGAGUUGAUGCAACAAGCCAUGCAUUGCAAGAUCCUAAACUCGAUUUGAAAACAGCAGUAGCAAUGCUGAAGUCCUUGGAAUGUUUUGUACGCGAAAAAAGAGAUUGCUUCCAUGUUUAUGAGAAGAAGGGAAGGGAAAUGUCAGAAACUGGGGAUUAUUCACAGACAUGCAAGGGUCAACGUAAUGUACGACUCAAUCCAUUGGAUUUUGGACGAUCAGAAGAAGCAGCCCUCUCACAGUCAGAAAAAUUUCGGGUUCAGAAUUUCCUUCCAGCAAUUGAUCAGUUCCUGAGUUCACUGGAUCAACAGUUAAAGGCCUAUGAGGAAACCUGUUCACUUUUCGGGUUCUUGUCAAAACUGGAGUCAAUGAAUUGUGACGAAAUUGAAGCAGCUGCAGCAAAAUUGGUUGCUGAGUACAAAAAUGAUUUGGAUCAAACACUUGGAGUUGAACUUGUGCAGUUUACAGCAUUCUUCACUCAAUUUCUUGAAGACGAAGAUGAUGAGAAAGGGAGGGCACAUUACCUUUACAAGCUGUUGAUAGACAAGAAAGUUGUAGAUACAUUUCCAAAUGUUGAAAUAAUGCUACGGAUGUACUUGGUGCUCAUGGUCACAAAUUGUUCUGGAGAACGUUCUUUCAGUAAAAUGAAAUUUAUUAAAAACAGACUUCGUACUACAAUGUGUCAUGAUAGGCUCAGCCACCUGGCUUUGAUGAGUAUUGAAUAUGACAUCCUCAGAGAGAUUGACUUCGAAAAGUUGAUCAAAAACUUUGCAGCGGCCUGGUCACGUAAAGUGCCUGGUCUGUAAAUAAAGGUAAUGUUUAUUUUCUAUUUUGCAACUGAUCAAUGUUUGUGUUCAAUAUAUCCAUUAUCCAUGGUCGAUGGCAGUUAUUUUUAUUAAUAUUCUUGUUUUUUCCAACAUG